UAAAAAAAAGAAGUAAGCUACUAUAAUGCCAAAUGGCAACUGAACAGGACAAUCAAUGUUGUUCCUUCAACGUUGGUGGUUGUUUUUUUUCCAUCCGGUUCAACCGACUUUCUCACCUUCAGGACUCCUUGCUUUUCAAAGACACGUCUUCUGGUCAGAAACCACGGUGGUUUAUCGACAGAGACGGAUGCACAUUCAGACAUGUACAGUAUUAUCUACAAACUGGGAAACUAGCUACAUCAUGUGUAUCAGAAUUAAAUAUUUUAUAUGAGCUUACUGCAGGUCUACGUCUAACGUCACUGCUACAGGCCUUAGAGAACCUCCAGUCAGGGAAGCAUUUCCUGCGAGACCGGCCAGUAGACCUGCAGGUGACUGAGAGAGCCACCCUGAACUACUGGAAGACCAGAAUCUGUAACACCAGAGAACCUGAACCCGUAGCCAGCCCAGUGUCCUCAGUUCAUGACGCGGUACCCCUGGGUCUGGUGGGGACUCCUCUGGUCGACGGUGACGAGGAGGUGCUGUACUGCUUCGUUCCCAUGGAGACGGUCCGCCUGUACCCCGCCCUGGUGACGCCUCACAACCUGCUGUGGCUGUGUGACGACCUGGUCGUCAUCGAGUGUGACAGCUCUCUCUUCAGAUUCAUAGCUAAUUACCUUCAGACCGGAAACAUCUUCCUGCCAGAGGACUUCAGUGAUCAUGACAGGUUGAACCAGGAGGCUGGAGCCGCUGGCAUGACGGACUUCCUGGAAGAGUUACAGAAACGACCCGAAUUGAUUGGUGAUGACAUCAUGCAGCCUCAAGAUGGCUGCCCUCAGAUGAAGCAGCAGCCGCAGCAUCGGUUGACCCCUCAACCUCUGUACAUUAUGACCUUUGACCUGUUGGUGAGGUACCAGGACUCGGCUCUGGGACAGCUCUGUGUGGACAGUAACGUGGAGGGCAGCAGGCUGCACCUCUCUGGUAACGGGGUGGUCUUCCAACACGUGGCGAACUGGUUAGGGACGUGUCGUGUCCCGCUGACGGAGAGGCAGUGUGAGCUGCCGGGGUUGUGUGAGUACCUGGACAGGCAGGAUGAGGCCUACCACACAUUCAGAGAUGCACUGUGGGAGUUCCUACACAGGACCAGGACCACAGGCAGGUGUUUUACAGCAGGGCCCUGGUCCGCCUCAGUGGCAACGUUCAGCAUUUAUAAAGUUGUUAAAGUUUAUGUGGGAACACACUGGUACGCCACUUACUACAAAACCCUGUUCAAGCACCCAGAGCUCCUGUCCAACCCCAGGAAGAGCAGCUGGAUCGUAUUCGGUCACAGUCUCCAGAUCAGGGCCGACGGAGCGAUGUUCAGACACAUCCUCAACUUCCUGAGAUGUGGACGCCUGUUGCUGCCCUCUGUGUUCAAGGAAUGGCGGCUGCUGUGCAAUGAGGUAGAGGAGUUUCAGAUCCCAGCUCUGACUGGAGCCCUGGAGGACUGUUCUGACUACAGGGCCUGGUGUGAGAGCAACACGCCUGCUGCCGGUAACCAGUCUUCCUCUUCAGCCGAGUCCUUACUCUUUUACAACCAAGAUCAAGAUGUCUUCACGGGGAUCGGUUACCAACCGGAGAGCAUGGAUGUAAGUCCAUCACAAACACAACAUGGAGUCAGUCCUGAAGACUCCUUCAUCUCAGUGGGUGAGGACAUCUGUCCCUUGGUGGAACCAGAGAACGAGCUGAGACGGAGAGACUGUCUGCUUCAGAGACUAGAGGAGAGCAGACAGGUCAAUACAGAGGACAGCAUAGAGCCAAGCCAGCUGUCGCCAGCUCCUCUACAGUCAACAGUACAGUCUGGUGGUCAGACCAGUCAGCUCUCAGUCCCCUCUGACAGACUGUCUCAGAACAAUACCACAUCAGAUACCAGCAGCAAACUCUCAUCCUCCCCUUUGGUACCAAACAGAACAUUGGACACAAUGGAUAUCAGAAAGCUAUCCUCUUCUCUCUGCAGUGUAACACACCAGCUUGACCAUCCUAGUAAAUUCUCCCCAACAGGGCUGAGUAGUCCUGGACAGAAACCAGUAGGUUCCAGACACUUCUCAUCUCCUGGUCGAUAUCAGGGUGGUUUGGUAGAGAGGGCAACGCCAGACGGUCUAGAUGAGAUCUCAGCCUCUCUCCAGAGCAUGAUGGCAGAGACUGUGUUUCAGAGUGGGCCCAACACACAGCCCUGGGGGUCACCAUCUGGGGAAGGGACCCUCUGCCCCUGCACAGGUUCCAGGGGCUCCACGCCUGACCCUAUCCCUCCUGACCCACUCCCCAAUCCAGCCUCAGCCAGGCUGUCUACCCUCACAGCCUUCCUGGCCAGACAGGGACUCCCUGGAGGCGCACAGGGGACAAGGUACCGCACACAGAGGGCCGAUGUGGAGGGAGAGAGUCAGGGACGGAGCACAGUCAAGCCUAACAGCAGUACUCAGAGAGAAGACUUCCAUUGGAGCAGACCUGCCCUGGGGGGCUGCUUGUUCCCGGUGCGGGGCUGUGUCCUCAGGGUUGACCACCCUCCGGUCCUGGGCAGAGGGGAGCCUGGAGGAUACUUCACCCAGAGCCUAAUCUACACAGCCAGUCCUCCACACACAGGUUACGGAGCCGACAAAGACCUAAAUGUGAGAGGAGAUAUCAAGAACAGUUUGUCUCCAGGUCCAGAUGUGGCUUUUGCCUGCUUCAAUGUGUCCUGGGAGGACAUGGUGUUUGGGAGGCAGUGCCAUGUCUUUCUGACCGGACUCAUCCUGGACUCCAUAAGACUAGAGGACUCCAAGGACUGCACUCUCAAGAUAACCAACCUGGUCUAUUUCCUCUGGACAGGACAGGUGAAAGCUGAGGACUUUGUCUCUGAGCUGCUCAGAAUCAUUUGUUCUGAGAGACGGGAGAAGAGCAGAGAGCAGCAGCUCCUGCAGUGGUUGGAGUUCUCCCUUCCUCUAGCCCAGCGCUACUCUGACUGUCUGGAGCAGCUGGACAGAGGACACUGUCGUACAGUCAGUCUGUUUCCUUAAGACUACAGACCCGGUGUUCCCCCCCACCUCAACACAGUAAGACAGACUACAGACACACAGUGUUCCCCACACCUCAACACAGUAAGACAGACUACAGACACACAGUGUUCCCCACACCUCAACACAGUAAGACAGACUACAGACACACAGUGUUCCCCACACCUCAACACAGUAAGACAGACUACAGACACACAGUGUUCCCCACACCUCAACACAAUAAGACAGACUACAGACCCAGUGUCCCCCCCACCUCAACACAGUAAGACAGACUACAGACCCAGUGCCCCCCCCCCACCUCAACACAGUAAGACAGACUACAGACACACAGUGUUCCCCCCACCUCAACACAGUAAGACAGACUACAGACCCAGUGUCCCCCCCACUUCAACACAGUAAGACAGACUACAGACCCAGUGUUCCCCCCACCUCAACACAGUAAGACAGACUACAGACCCAGUGUUCCCAACCUCAACACAGUAGGACAGACUACAGACACACAGUGUUCUCCCCACCUCAACACAGUAAGACAGACUACAGACACAGUGCCCCCCCACCUCAACACAGUAAGACAGACUACAGACCCAGUGUCCCCCACACCUCAACACAGUAAGACAGACUACAGACCCAGUGUUCCCCCCCCACCUCAACACAGACUACAGACCCAGUGUUCCCCCCACCUCAACACAGUAAGACAGACACACAGUGGUCCCCCCCCCCCCCACCUCAGGAAGACAUGUUGACUGACCUACACCCCCCUCAGGAUCCCAGUGAAAACCAACACCCCCCUCAGGAUCCCAGUGAAAACCAACACCCUCCUCAGGAUCCCAGUGAAAACCUACACCCCCCUCAGGAUCCCAGUGAAAACCUACACCCUCCUCAGGAUCCCAGUGAAAACCUACACCCUCCUCAGGAUCCCAGUGAAAACCUACACCCUCCUCAGGAUCCCAGUGAAAACCUACACCCUCCUCAGGAUCCCAGUGAAAACCUACACCCCCCUCAGGAUCCCAGUGAAAACCUACACCCUCCUCAGGAUCCCAGUGAAAACCUACACCCCCCUCAGGAUCCCAGUGAAAACCAACACCCUCCUCAGGAUCCCAGUGAAAACCUACACCCCCCUCAGGAUCCCAGUGAAAACCUACACCCCCCUCAGGAUCCCAGUGAAAACCAACACCCUCCUCAGGAUCCCAGUGAAAACCUACACCCCCCUCAGGAUCCCAGUGAAAACCUACACCCCCCUCAGGAUCCCAGUGAAAACCUACACCCCCCUCAGGAUCCCAGUGAAAACCUACACCCUCCUCAGGAUCCCAGUGAAAACCUACACCCCCCUCAGGAUCCCAGUGAAAACCAACACCCUCCUCAGGAUCCCAGUGAAAACCUACACCCCCCUCAGGAUCCCAGUGAAAACCUACACCCUCCUCAGGAUCCCAGUGAAAACCUACACCCUCCUCAGGAUCCCAGUGAAAACCUACACCCUCCUCAGGAUCCCAGUGAAAACCUACACCCUCCUCAGGAUCCCAGUGAAAACCUACACCCCCCUCAGGAUCCCAGUGAAAACCUACACCCCCCUCAGGAUCCCAGUGAAAACCUACACCCCCCUCAGGAUCCCAGUGAAAACCAACACCCUCCUCAGGAUCCCAGUGAAAACCUACACCCCCCUCAGGAUCCCAGUGAAAACCUACACCUCCCUCAGGAUCCCAGUGAAAACCAACACCCUCCUCAGGAUCCCAGUGAAAACCUACACCCCCCUCAGGAUCCCAGUGAAAACCUACACCCUCCUCAGGAUCCCAGUGAAAACCUACACCCUCCUCAGGAUCCCAGUGAAAACCUACACCCUCCUCAGGAUCCCAGUGAAAACCUACACCCCCCUCAGGAUCCCAGUGAAAACCUACACCCCCCUCAGGAUCCCAGUGAAAACCUACACCCCCCUCAGGAUCCCAGUGAAAACCUACACCCUCCUCAGGAUCCCAGUGAAAACCUACACCCCCCUCAGGAUCCCAGUGAAAACCUACACCCCCCUCAGGAUCCCAGUGAAAACCUACACCCUCCUCAGGAUCCCAGUGAAAACCUACACCCUCCUCAGGAUCCCAGUGAAAACCUACACCCUCCUUCUGGAUACAAAAGCCAACACAUGUUUAUUAAAAGUUAGAACAUGUUGGGAUGAAGAGAGAUGACAGAGGAUGAAGACAGGGGAUGAAGACAGGGGAUGAAGACAGGGGAUGAAGACAGGGGAUGAAGACAGGGGAUGAAGACAUUCAUGCUCCAGAUUCAACGAGUGGAAAGUCAUUUUGUUGUUGAAUGUUGAUUCCCUGCUGCUUUCUACUGGUUGAUACAUGUACAACGUUAUCACAGUCUUCCUCUGCUUUCUCCUACACAAUACUAGAACCAGGGAGCACCACUGGUGCAAAUAUAUUUACAGACAGACAAUGUACAUUUAGCGGAUUUCC